CUGACACCACCGAGGAAGAAGCAGGAGGACCGAUCGUUAGCUGAGGUUAGCAGUUAAGCUAGCUGACGCCAUGGCGGCCGUGCGCAGUUUAAUGGCGGCGAAACCAGACAGUGGGACCGACUCCGAGUCUGACUCCGACCGGGACGCCCGCGAGGCCGAACCGAUGGAGGUGGAGGAAGGAGAGCUGGAGGCGGAGGACAUCUCCGUUAACCGGUCCUUGAAAGAGCUGCUACCUGAUACGAGCCGGCGGUACGAGAACAAGGCCGGAGCCUUCAUCACCGGGAUCGACGUCAACUCAAAGGAGGCCUUUGAGAGGAAGGAGAAGCGAGCGAGACGAUUCCACCUCCCCUCCGAGGAGAAGGAGGAGCAGAGGAAUGUGCUGAUGGACAAAGACACCAUGAAGAAAGCUAUCCCCAGCCUGCGGAUGGAGGCCAUCUACGUGACAGGUGUAGACGACAUGAGCACUCAGGACAUCUUUGGAUACUUCAAAGAGUACCCUCCUGCUCACAUCGAGUGGAUUGACGACACCUCCUGUAACGUGGUCUGGCUCGAUGACGACACCUCCAUCCGGGCCCUCGUCAACAGCAGCCGGAUGACCAGCCCAGAGACAGUUGCCACGGACGACGAGCCGCCAGCUGAUGUGCCCAACAACCUCAGCAAAAGUCUCGAAGGUCAAAGGUCAGAGGAGGAGGAGGAGGAGGACCAACCGGAAGCCGUGAAGAAGAGCUGCGAGGAGAUCGAGGUGAAAGACCAAGACGAGCAGAAACCCAAGACAGAGGCCGUGCAGGUGGCCGACCUGUCACUGAUGGAGAGAGAGUCUCUGCUGAGGAACGAGCUGCGAGCGGCCAUCAAACCCUUCAAAGGAAACAAGCUCCUGCUGCGCUUCGCCACGCACGACGAUAAGAAGGAGCUCGGCGCCGCACGGCGGAGUCGAUACUACAUGAAGUACGGAAACCCCAACUACGGAGGCAUGAAGGGAAUCCUCAGCAACUCGUGGAAGAGGAGGUUCCACAACCGGAGGAUCCAGAGGGACGUCAUCAAGACCAAGAAGCCUCUGAUCGGAGACAACAUGGGACACACGCCGCCGUACACGCAUCGGCACUCCGCCGACCUGGUCAACCUGCCGGAGGAGCCCAUCAAGGAGGAGGAGGAGGAGGAGGAGGAAGAGGAGGACAUGGAGGAUGACCGGGUGGUGGAGUACAAGGAGAGAAGCGACAGGGCUGCUGUGGGGGGGUCAGGCCGGCCGGCAGGAGGGGGGGCGCUGCCUCGCAGCAACCGGGCCGAGCGCUCCCUGUCUCCGUGGUCGGAGUCGGACGAGAUGGACUACGACCUGGAGCUGAAGAUGAUCUCCACGCCGUCCCCCAAGAAGAGCAAGAAGAUGACGAUGUACGCCGACGAGCUGGACGGCCACCUGAAGAGCAUCCGGAACCGGGUCGGAGAGUCUCAGACCAGAACCAAGUCGCCCCCCCCCUCCAAGAUGACCGACGUCCGGCAGCUUCUGGAAGAGAAGAGGAAAGGAAGUCAGAACAGACUGCCCCCCCCAGGGGCCUCCAGCGGGAAGACAGACGUACGGCAGCGGUUGGGGAAGCGGCGGUACUCCCCCGACAGACAACGCUCGCCCUCCCCUUUCUCUCCCAGAGACAAGGCCCCCACCAGAGAGCCAAUCAGAGACGUGCACCGCCGACUGGGUGUGGCCAUCCAGGAGAAGAAAGAGGUCUUCUCCAGGUCGUCCAAAGACAAGAAGAGCGCCCUGUGGAGCAGACUCGGUUCCGGUGAAGACACCAAUGGCGCCGCCCUGCGUCCCGAGCGAGGGUCGAGCAGCCGCGAGGGUCUGUUUUCUUCUUCAGGGAAAAGCGACGCUGGCGGCAGCCAGAUGGGAGGAGUUGGGGAGGAGAAGGAGGAGGGGGAGGAGGACGACUCCACCCUGCAGGAGAUGUGGGGCGCCAUGAUCAAACGGAAGCAGCAGCAGGUGAGCCCCCAGCUGAAGAAGAGCCGGCUGGACCACCUGCCGUCUCUGCAGAUCGAGAUCAGCCGGGACAGCAGCGAGGAGUCUGACGCCUGAGGACCCCCCCCCCCCCCCCAACCCCCCCUGUACUACAGAGACUCACUCACUGUUAACUGGAGCUCUCCUCUUCAUCUUGUUAGUAUUGGACACACCGCUGCAUUUAGUGGAGUGAAACAAAGAAGAUUAGUAGCAGCACCUGAGAGCUGAAGGACUCAACAGGAAGUCUGCUCCAAUAGAGCGGUGACCCCGCCCCCUUCUGACCUAUGACACCACUGUGUUCACUCUCAACACCAAUAAAAUGUUUGGAUGAAGCAGGGCAUCAUGGGAAAUCCAAUCCAACUCCUCCAGUGAAUCAUUCCUUGGUUACCGCGGCGAUGGACGUUGUUUAUCCUCUUUUUAACGAUUCAUUCCUGCUCUUAUUGUGGAAUCCUCGAGGGGCCACAGUGUGACAUCACAGUGACAUCACAGUGACCUCACAGCUGGUCAUGAGUUCAGAUAAUGAUCACGGUGUUGAAUAAUGUUUAAUUUUACAUUACACAAAAAAUAAACUGAUACCUAUUCAGAUGAUAGAAUUAUCUUUAUUCUGUGUGGAGAAAAUAAAUCAAAAACAAUUAUUAAAGAGAAAAAACGGCGCAGUAAUAUAGUGUCUCUUUUUUUCAUAGAAAAUAAAGUUGUCAUCUCUUAAGUUACUCCUUGAAUUCAUGGAUAACGUGUGACGCUGAAAGGGGCGGGCUCUAAUGUAUUGCUUUAGGCUACCUGCUGAUUGACAGGUAUCACAUUGGGCCAUUAAGCAGGGGAUGCUUUAGGGGCGGGGCUACAUGCAGUCUGCUUUACUGAAUUAAAAUAAAGAUGAUAACUAACAACUGAAGCUAGGCCGAUGAAUUGAUAUGCAGCGUUUGUUUUAAAACAUGAAGAACAUGGGACGACUUAUGCAUCAUGUGACAUACGACCUUUAUAAUUGUUUUGCAUCUAUUUUGGUUGGACAUGGAUAAAAAGUCAUUUACUAUUUAUUCUUCGUUUGCCGUUUCUUUUUGUCUGUUUUCAUUUGAUUUUCUGUAACAUGGCCUCUUUUUUGUUAAUCUGAUAUCUUUGUUGUAUUGUUUUCAGUAAGUGAGGCACCUAGAAAGCAAAAUGACACCUGGAAAAAAAUCUGUUUUCAUAAAUUUGUGCAGAGUUCCUUUCA